AUGAGUCGCUUACUACAGCCGGUCCAGCUGGAGGACAUUGCCACUGAACAGAGUCACAAUAAUCGAUACUCUUUUAUGGAUUCUCCUGUGGAUGGACAUUCAGCAAAUCAAUACCAUGCAGACUCAAAUUCGGCUGCGCAGCAUCACCAGUACCAGACCAUCGUUGAGCAAGCUAGACCGGCGCAGUAUCAGCCAGCGAAGUUAUACCCUAAUGAGAAAGAACGGCAUCUACAAGAAGAGGGCAUAAUCCCUACAUACUCAAAAUAUCCACCACCAGAUCAACAUCCUGCCAACUUUGCCCCUUACGCCGAGCCCGUUGAGCAAUAUGCUGUCCAACCCGUCGUCCACUCACCCAUCCAAUCGCCUCUUCAUUCGCCGCUUCAAUCCCCGCUUCACUCGCCGCUGCAGUCCCCAGUAUACACACAGCAACCUGUUCUCCAGUACCCUUAUCAGUAUCAACAGCAAAUGCACCAACAGCAAGAGCAUCAAAUGCAGAUGCAGAUGCAGAUGCAUAUGCAUAUGCAAAUGCAAAUGCAACAGCAGCAACAGCAACAAUAUCAACAGCAACAAUACCAUCAACAACAACAACAGCAACAGGAAGAUUACAGUCAGCCUCCCAGCUCCCCAGGACCUCUUCCCAUCAAAACAAAUCCCGAAAUGCCCACCCGCAGCGAUACCAUGACAGUCGGACCCGACGAAAAUCCAUUACGGUCACCCAAGCUUCCCUCCUUCCCACCUCCAGCCGCCACAGAUUCCUCACGAAGACCAACAUCGGAAGACGUGACAGCGUUCCACCAGCCUGGUCAAAUAAUGCAUCCAGUACAAGAAGUACGAGGAGGAGGAUGGACCUACGGAAUGUGCGACUGCUCGAAUAAUUUCGGCGCAUGUCUCUUGGGUUUAAUCUGCCCAUGUAUUCUCUAUGGAAAGACACAGUACCGUCUCAACAGAAAGUCUAAAGCAGAGGAUCCGACCAAUAUGCUAGGCUAUGAGACAUGUAAUGGGUCUUGCACAGGGAUGGCUAUUUUAUGUGGUUGUCAAUGGAUUUUUUCCACGAUCCAGCGUCGUAGAACACGGAAGGCGUAUGGAAUUGAUGGAGAUUUUGCCUCGGACUGUGUUCGGGGAACCUGUUGCUGUUGCUGUACUCUGAUUCAAAAUGAAAAGGAGAUACAGAAGCGAGAAGAGAAGCGAAGUCGGGUUGCUUAUGAGAGAGGUGCAACUUUGACUUCGCCUUAUACUACCCCUGCGCCGAUGACUUUCCCACCUCCGCCAAAAUGA